UUCCCUUAAUAAUGAUGCUCUAUUAUUUGAUAGAGCACAGCUUUAGCUAAUCACCGCACAUGACCAUGGUGCAAGAUGCAAGUAGAUAACCUAAUGGCUAAAGUUWUUUUUUUUCUGUAAUUAACAGACAUGUUCGUUUUAAAGUUGGACAUAUUGUGGACCAUUUUGUUGUAAGGGUCAUAAGUCUUCUUCUUGUUUUAGCAGACAUUAUAAUUGUCAUUGUCAAUCUAGCUACAUCAAGCACUAAUAGCAGAAACUUUGAAGAUGCUCCACUUGAAAUAUUUUCCCUCAUCAUUGCUACCAUUUUUGUGUUUGAACUUGGCUUAAGAAUCUUUGCCUUUGGAUCACAUUUUUUCAAGAGAUGGAUUGAAAUUCUUGACAUGGUUGUUGUAAUUGUGUCUUUUAUUCUGACUGUAAUAUUUGCCAUCAUUACUCUCAGGGAACAUAGCCUUGUCAAACUUGUUGUUGCUGCAAGGUUCAUCAGAAUCCUCUUCUUUAUUAGAAUUGUUACUGGAAAAGACCAGUUAGAAAGAGCAACAAGACGCAUGAUUUCACAGAAUAAGAGGAGAUAUCAGACUGAUGGAUUUGAUCUAGAUCUAACGUAUGUUACAGAAAGAGUCAUUGCCAUGUCCUUUCCAUCUUCUGGAAAACACAAACUGUAUCGCAAUCCAAUAUCAGAAGUAGUUCGUCUUUUAGAUACAAAGCAUCAAGAUCACUAUAAGGUUUACAAUAUGUGUAGUGAACGGAGUUAUGACCCAGCAUUGUUUCACAACAGGGUGGAGAGGAUUCUUAUUGAUGACCACAAUGUGCCUCGUCUAAGCCAAUUGCUGUAUUUCUGUCAUAAUGUGAGAGAGUGGAUGGACCAGGAUCCCAAAAAUGUCAUUGCUGUUCAUUGUAAAGGCGGUAAAGGUAGGACGGGAACAGCAAUAUGUUCUUGGUUACUAGCAAGCGGCCAGUUCGAAGAAGCCAGACAAAGCCUGGGAUUCUUUGGUUUUCGGCGCACUGACUACAAUGUUGGCAAAACCUACCAAGGAGUACAAACACCAAGUCAGAGUCGAUAUGUGGGUUAUGUAGAGCAGAUAUUUACCAAGUUGAAUCGCAGGAUGCCAGCACCUGUACCACUAAAACUAAGAACCAUCAAGAUUGAUGGCAUAUCUGGUUUAGGUAAUGGAGAUGGCAGGGAUCUAAAACUUGAGAUAGUCAUCAAUGGGAGUGUCGUGUUCCAUUUAUCGUGCGCUGAGCCUGCACGUCCUGGUCAGAUCCAGCAUUUUGCAGACCUGGACAAGCUUGUCAUAACCUUAGGCGACAUGGAUUGCCCGACCUUGACUGGUGACAUCAAACUAAAAUUCUAUUCAUCUAGUCCGAAUGUUCCUGUAGGCUACGAUAAGUGUGCCUUUUUCUUUUGGUUUUACACUAGUUUUAUCGAAAAUAACAGGCUGUACCUUCGCCGAGAUGAGCUCGACAAUCCUCAUAAGCCCAAAUCUUGGAAGGUCUAUAAAGAUAAUUUUGCCGUUGAUUUAACGUUUAGAAGUCCCUAGUGAUACAAAAGUGGUAGCUGUCUCGUGACAAUCCUUUUACUAUCGUUACUUGUUGCAACACGAUCUACUUGUCUAAUUUAGUAUACUGGCAGUGUGCAAAAGGAAAAGGGUUAUUCAACGAUGACUGAACACUUUUUUAAUUGCCCUAUUUCACUAUGACGUCACUGCUUGUUUAUGUCGGGGAUAGAAUCGCCAAAUCCAAUAGAAAAUUCAACAAAAUUUGCUCCUAGCGAAACAGUUUAAUCUAAAAUGACCUGGUUUUCAGAUAUAAUAUGUAUUAAUAUGUACUAAAAAAUAUCCUGAGCGUUUGCUGUUUAUUCUACUUCUUUUCGUGGAUUGAUACGGGUUUUAGAACAAUUUUCGGUGAAUUUGCGUUGAUCUGACCCCCGACGACGACCAUGAUCCUUUGCGUUUAAACAAUAGAUUGUUUUGAUGAUGUGACGUCAUAGUGAAAUAGGGCAAUUCACAAGGCAGAGCUAAACUUAUUCAACUCAGUGACAACUCUUUCUGAAAUUAAUGACAUACUUAAUUAUGGAAAUGCAAAUUGAAACAAAUCAAUUAAUUGUAUUUUACUUUUGAUAAGAAGCUUUAAAUGAUCCGUAUUCAUAUUAGGUGAAAAUUCUACUCCCAAGAGGUGGAUAAUAUUUUUAUCUGAGGGAAAAUUCCGAUACUAACCCGAAAAAAGCUAAUCUAUUUUAUAAGACUUCAUAGACUAUGUGAAUAUUAGCUAUUACUUGUUUUUGAUAAUUUUUCAACUGCAUUGGAUUUUAUACAUAAUUUUAUACAUAAAUUUUAUCGUUUAUAGAUAUGAGACAAUUAAUACUUUUGAAUCUCAGUUCAUACAGUCCGACGACAUCAGUAACCAAGGCCACCCAAACAAAUUUAAGAUCAAGUUCACAAAUCACGUUUUUGAUUUUGAAUAAUGAGGUGACGAAUUCUUGAGUUUAAAACUGUUUCUUGUUGACUCUUGAUCAUAUACACACACGUGUAUAAAGUAAAAUAUGCUUUUAAAGGUAAAUAAAUUGCUAAGAAUUGGCUAAUUGUAUUAAAAUGUGUCUGGCUGGUCUUGGUUUUAUCUAAGUCGCCGCACUGUAACUAGUCUCCUCAGCAGCCGUUCUUAGUGUCGGUCCGGUAAACGCUUCCCUGCGUUAAGAACGGCUGCUGAGGAGACUACACUGUAACGUGAACCGGAAAAUUUUAUAAUAACUAAUGUGAUUUGAUAGAGUACUAAUAUGAUAUUGUGACUGCAAAAGACAUUAAUAGAAAAUAUUAAAUUCGAAGUAUAUUGAAUUCCAUUGUGGUAUAAAGUGUAUUACCAUAUAAAAAAAUGAAAAGUUGAAAAUAAACUAUGAACAACUUUGAA